UCCUAUCUUCUGCAGCCUGAACCCUGUGUUAACGGCCUAAUAUUCAUGUUCUGCAGCCUGAAUCCCUGAUUUUCUGCCUAAUCUCCCCCUCUUUGCAGCCUGGACCUGUGUCCUUGCUGAGAUCCCGAAUUUCCUGCUGGAAGCCCCCGUAUUAACCUAGUUCUGCAUUGUGAACCCAACAUUUCUUACUCGACCCACCUCUCUGUAACCUGAACCGCCAAUUUCUUGCUUGGUACUCUAUUUCUACAGCCUGAACCUGUGUUCUCAGCAGAGAACUCUGAGUUUACAUCGUGGAUCCCACUGGCAGCUCUGGCAUCAGGCCCUGUAGCACCGUGAGCAUAGCUUCUCUCUUUUGCCCAGCUCCGAGUCAUGACGGAUGCCAAGUAUGUCCUCUGCCGAUGGGAGAAACGAUUGUGGCCUGCAAAGGUUUUGGCCAUAACUGAGACUUCAGUGAAAAACAAGAGAAAAAAAGAAUUAUUUCUAGAUGUCCAAAUACUCUCGCUAACGGAAAAGAUUCAGGUGAAGAGCUCAGCCGUGGAGGUGCUGCAGAAGUCACACAUUGAGAACAUUGCUGCCUUCCUGGCCUCUCAGAAUGAGGUCCCGGCUACUCCCCUGGAGGAGCUGACCUAUCGACGCUCCCUGCGAGUAGCCCUGGAUCUCUUGAAUGAGAGGACUAGUUUGAGUCCUGAAAGCCAUCUGAUGGAAGACGAGACCACACUGUCCCAAAAAGAGAAACCACACGCAGAUAUGGCCUCAUGGCUCCCCAGUGCUCCCUCUCCAUCUUUCCGUGGUGAAGAUGGUGAAGAUGUGGCUGCUCAGCAUAUGUCCAAGAGGAGGUGGGAGUAUGUCUCACAAAGCCUGUCAGAGUUGUCUGCAUCUGAAGAGGACACCAGGUGCAACCGUAAGACAGGCCUCUCAAAGAAUGGAACCCCAAGAGCAGCAUUGCCUUCCCCCACUGGAGAGGGUUCUCAGGACAGUUCUGGGUCACGACUGGACCAUGGACAGGAGGACACAACCAAUAAGAGGCGGAAGAAUUUGGGAGAAAAACCUACCCGACGCCACAAAACAGAGUCUCGCCUUUCCAAGGGAGAGAGUGUUGCAGAGAAUGAGGGACAGGCAAGCAGCUGUGUGACCCCAGCUUUGCCUAGGCUGCUCUCCCAAACCUGGGAAGAGGACCCCUGUGCCGGGGGGAUAGGCUGUGGCCAGGUUACACCAUCAGGCAGCAGCAGGCUGCUCCCGGCCUCUGAGAGAGGCAGAGGACAACCCACAAAGAGGCCACGCUUGGAUGGAGGCCAGAACCCACCGGCCAGGCAGCUGGGGACUGGAACUGUGGGGGCGGUGUCCUCCCCUAGGAGCUGGUGUGGGGAGGCCACGAUGCUGCGGAGUGCUGGUGAUAGUGACAAAGCGGAGGAAGCAGAUCCUGUGUCCUCAGAAGAGUCCACAGGGUUCAAGUCUAUCCACUCCCUGCUAGAGGAGGAGGAAGAGGAGGAGGAGCCACCCCAGAUCCUUCUGUAUCACGAACCACGAUCAUUUGAAGUAGGAAUGCUGGUCUGGCUUAAAUACCAAAAAUACCCAUUCUGGCCAGCCGUGGUGAAGAGCGUUCGGAGGAGAGACAAGAAAGCCAGCGUUCUCUUCAUUGAGGGCAACAUGAACCCCAAGGGCAGAGGAAUCACCGUGUCUCUUCGAAGGCUCAAGCACUUUGACUGUAAGGAAAAGCACACACUGCUGGAAAGAGCCAAGGAGGACUUCGCCCAGGCCAUCGGCUGGUGUGUCUCACUUAUCACCGACUACCGUGUGCGGCUGGGCUGCGGCUCCUUCGCUGGAUCUUUCUUGGAAUAUUACGCUGCUGAUAUCAGCUACCCUGUGCGCAAGUCCAUCCAACAGGAUGUUCUGGGGACCAGGUUUCCUCAGCUGGGCAAAGGGGACCCAGAGGAGCCUGUGGGGGAUAGCCAGCCAGGACAGUGGCGGCCAUUUAGGAAGGUGCUGCCAGACCGCUCCAGGGCCGCACGGGACAGAGCCAACCAGAAGCUAGUGGAGUACAUUGUGAAGGCCAAGGGUGCAGAGAGCCACCUGCGGGCUAUCCUGCAUAGCCGCAAGCCCUCACGCUGGCUGAAGACAUUCCUGAGCUCUGGCCAGUACGUGACAUGUGUGGAGACGUACCUGGAGGAUGAGGCACAGCUGGAUGAAGUGGUGGAGUACCUGCAGGGCAUCUGCCGAGACAUGGAUGGUGAGGUGCCCGCACACGGCAGCGGAGACCGCAUUCGCUUCAUCCUGGACGUGCUGCUGCCCGAGGCAAUCAUCUGUGCCAUCUCUGCAGUGGAGUCAGUGGAUUACAAGACAGCCGAGCAGAAGUACAUCCGUGGCCCGACACUUAGCUACCGGGAAAAGGAAAUCUUUGACAAUGAACUCCUGGAGGAGAGGAACCGUCGCCGUCGCUGAUGCUGCCACCCAGCCAGUGAGGCUUCCAUCGCCUGCCAGAGGGCCCUGUGAGAAUGUACUAGAAGCAAGAGGCCCAGGAGUGUGUUUACUUUGAACUGUGGGCCCUGUGUCAUCAGUAUUAUGUCUGUGAGAUCAAAUGUCAUUGACACACCAGAAGCCUGCUGGCAGCUAUGGACAGCCAUUUUCUGGAAGUUUCUGUGCGUGUAUGCGCGUGUAUGUUUGAUUUUUUGUUUGUUUUUUAUUAUUAUUUCAUUUAUAAAUGAGUUUGAAUGUA